AUGUAAAUCUAAAAAUUAAAUAUAGGUAAUAUGAAUUACUAAGCAUUUACUGAUAAAAAUAUUUAUCAAACUGACUCAAAAGAAAAAAAUAAAAAAUAAGAUUUUCAAUAAACUGAACUUUAAAUUGUUUAAAUAUGCAGUCCUAUCGUUUUAAGUAAUUCUCUCUUGACUUAUGGAGAUCUGCUUGUAGAAUUAAAUGAAGAAAAGGGCUAACUUAAAGGUUUCAACAUAAUUCACUAUUUAAAGCCUACUUAUGCUGUGGAGAGUACUUCAAAGAUCAUUUCCUUUCAUAUAAAGUAAGAGUCUGAUUAAACUAACCCCAAUCUAUAUCAAGUUGCAACAAUCCUUAAUAGUUAACCUUUCAGCCUAUUUCGUUAAUUUGCUUAACUUCUUUUUUAGUUCUUUGAGUACCACAAUCAUCUAAUUAUUAAAGUUGAAUAAAUAAUUAAUUCCUACUAAAAUAUGGAGGAUUUAAAUUAAAUUAUUUAAGAAAGAAGGUUUUUUAUAACAAAAUAUUUGGAGUAAAUAUACUUUUCUGGAUAAAAUAGAGCAUAGUAUGAUUUGGUAGCAUGGUAUAGCUAUUCUCUGUAAAAAAAAACAUGGAGCUUAAUUAAUGUAAUAAAAAGUAAAAAGCUAAUACAUUUUUUAGGAUCAAACACAGAAUAAAUAAAAAGGAUUUCCCUAAAAAAAGGAAGAUUAAAUAUGUUUACUCUUGAGUCUAGAGUAUUAAUACAAUCAAUUUAUUUGGAAUUUUUGUUAAAAAUUUGUCAAAGUAAAGCAAUCAACAACUUUUAAUUGCUAACUUAUGAUGGAAUCACAAUAGAGUGCCCUUUUGAAGUUAAAAAAGUAGAGAUAAAUCUUCCUUCUCACUUGCAGUAUAAUUUUGAAACAGAAAAUGAUUAAUAUGAACUAAUAAUGCACAGUGUAUAUGAUAUUAAUUCUUUUCAUGAAAAGUUAGUGACAGAAUCCAGAAAUUCUGAUUCGAAAUACUAACAAUUAAUGUAAAGUAUUGAUGAAGAUUUUGAGUAUUCCAUGUAAAGUGAAAUAUUUAUGUAAAAAUUUUAUAAAGAAAGCUAUAAUAAAAUUAAAGAAAAUGAGGAAAAACUCCAAUCUUAAAGUGAUGUAAAAACAUGUUAAUAUAGAAAUAUUUUCUGA